GCAACCGGGGCCCGCAGUUAGAUGGAAGGGAAGAGCUGGUUCGGGUGCUUGCGGUAGUAGUACGAGCCGGUUGGCUCUGACUCCCGGAAUGAACUAUUUUUCAGGAAUAGAUUAUGAUAAUUUGCGGAAAUUAUGCAACAUCAGUGGUCUACAGAACAGGGAUAACUCCAGAAGUACACCUGAAGCUCACAAGGAAUUCCUACAGCAAUAUAGAAAUAUAUUUAUUCAACCAAAAGCUGUGUUACCCAAGAUUCCUGAAUUAGCAAGCACAUUGAGCAAAAGAUCAAAUAGAAAUGUGUCAGCAAAAGAUGAUAAUCAUCUGAAAAAACUACAGUCCAAGCAGGAUGGUGUGCCACAUCAUUUCCAAAAACAAGUUAAAAUCCUAACUGGAAUACUUAGUAAGCUUCCCUAUUACAGAACACGCUCCGAGCAUCUGAUUAUUUAUAAAAUACUGAGAUUAUUUCCAGCAAUCAACACACAGUUUACAGACCCAGAGCUGAAAGAUCUAAGUGGACGGAUAAUCAUGGAAUCAUGGGACAGAGGUUGCAUAGUAUUUGGAUACCAAGCAUUCUAUAUGAUCCUAAAAGGCUGUGCCAAGCCCUAUGAAAUGCUUGGAAACACAGUAAACUCUAAAGAUCUACAUUCUUGGCUUGAUCCAACAAUAAAAUUGUUGUCUUUUGGAGACAGCUUUGGUUCUUUGAUACCUAUUCCAAAUGACACCGCUCACAGGGUUUUGUCAGUACUUACGCAGGCCAACUGUGAACUUGUCAAAAUAUCCGUCGGACAAUAUGAAAAUGUGAAAAAGGAAAUAUUGGUGCAUAAUUAUGCAUUGAAAGAAGAGCUGGUCCAAGCAUGUCCAUUUUAUCAGCAAUGGCCAAAACUGUCUCUUCAUAAGCUGAUUGAGUUAAUCAAGUGGAAGAAUUUUCCAAAAGAUUAUGUUAUAGUAAAAGAAGGUGAAAUCAGUUCAUUUGUAGGAUACAUAAAGUCUGGCCAGUGCAACAUUUUCAAAGACAUAGAAGGCCUGGUGAACCUUCCACUUGGAAAAACGGUAAGUGAAUUGAAGCAAGUUAUCAUGGGAAAACUUGGAGAAAAUGAAUCUUUUGGAGAGAUCAGCAUUCUUCUUAAAAAACCCUUCACCUGUUCAAUUAUCACAGCAACGAAAGUUGAACUUGGAGUUAUUUCAGAUCAUGAUUUGUUAGAACUUGAUUCGGUAAUUCAAACGCUUCUUCAGCAUACAGCAGAACCAAUCCUGGGUAACCUCACUCAGGAAGAAAUCAGUAAUAGAUAUGUUUUUCUGGAAAAGGAGAAAAAGUGGAGAAAGUUUAAGGAAAAAGUGAUCAAAGAAACCAUUUUGUACAGAGGAAUAAAAUUUGAUGUUGGAAAAUGGAACCAAAGCUGGAGUAGAAAUGAACGAUCAAAGGCAAAACUGUGUCCUUCGUUUAAGUCUAUGACCUGAUUGAAACAACAAGAUGGAUCUUUAAUCAUCUAAUUCUUACUAACAAUUGGAGUUCACUAUUUGUGCUCCCAUUUCCCACCUCUUAUGUCUCUUAAAAAAGUAUAUUGCCGUAGAACAGGAAACUAAAUAUUAUUUUCAGUAUUUCCUUUAUUUAUUUUCAUUAUUUAAGACUGUUGUGUCUUAUAAACAAUGUACAUGGUAUGAUCUUUCAUAGUGUAUUACUGUAUUGUUUUCCCACUUUCACUUCACAUACUGAAAAAUACUUUAUUUGUCGGCUACAAGGGGAUUCAAUUAACUUAUUUUUCUCCAGCAAAUAAACCUUCAAUGAAUGACAUAGCAAACGGAUAUGUCAAUUAAAUUUAGGUUUCCUCAUUAGAGUUAUAUUUUUGUAUUUGGUAUUAUUUAUUUAGAAUGCUUACUCUGGAAAAUCUUAAAUGUAAAGCUACAUGACACAUGAUCACAAAGCUUUUAGGUUAAUCUCAUUGCAAACAAAAGGUCUAAUAACCACAAUCAUACAAAUUUUACUAGCAUCAGUAAGAACAUAGCUGAUGCAAAUACUGUACCAGACCAAUGCCAAUUAUGAACUACGUACAAAUGUAGAACUUAGGUGCUGGAGGAA